AUGGUUCGCAUUAGCUUCUUUAUAUCUUUGGCCUUGGCUGCCCAGGGUAUUGCGGCCGCUCCCGCCGGCACCUCUGUUAGAAACCAGACAGAGCUGGGUGGCUAUCCAGCGGAGACUAGCUCGUCAGUCCCUGACCGUAUCACGGGGUUUCCGGGUGGAAAGCCUGCACCAGCGGUCCCGGAGCGUACCAAGCAGGAGGAAGAAGAGUUUCAAAAUGGAUUAGACAAGGAGUUUAAGGAGAACAAACAGAAGUAG